AUGGAGGCGCGAAACGAGGCACUGAAACGAGGGAUGGUGGCGUUACAGCGGGAUGUAGAGGCACAGAGCAGCGCGCUGAAACAGGGGGUAACCGUGUUACAUCGGGAUGUGGAGGCGAACAUGCUGUCGUUUCAACGAGGGGCGGAGUUCUGGCGACGUGUAGUGCACCUGUACGGCAGUUACAAGCUUUGUCAGCUCCAGGUGGCAGUGAGUGGCCAAUCAGAGGAGGAGAAAUCUGCCACGUGGCAGAGGCAGCAUGAGAGGGGAGCCGAGAUGCUCUAUGCUCUCUGCACCGACAUGAAAGGAUUCUUCCUCAAGGCGGGUCAGUUCUUAGCCAAGCCAGACCUCUCCCCACCAGCGUGGGUGCGUCGCCUCUCUGCCCUCCACGACGCUGCUCCUGCCGACCCGCUCCCCCUCGUGCUCCAGACGAUUCAAGAGGAGCUGGGGGGGAUGGGAUGGAGGGAGGUGUGGGAGUGGGUGGAGGAGAAACCACUUGGGUCUGCAUCGAUUGCCCAAGUGCACAGAGGGAGGCUGAGAGGAGGGAAAGAGGUUGCUAUCAAGGAGCAACACACAGGAGCCGAGCCCCUCAUGCUCACAGACCUCGCCAACCUCAAGGCGUUUGCUGCCUUUCUGCAGAGCAUGGAGAUCAAAGCUCAGAGCACGCAGGCGCAGAGCCUCUCAUGCUCACAGACCUCGCCAACGAAAGCCUCUCCUGCCCUUUCCCCCACCCUCCUCGUUACACGUACUCACUUUCACUUUCAGGUGCAGCACGCAGGCGCAGAGCCUCUCAUGCUCACAGACCUCGCCAACCUCAAGGCGUUUGCUGCCUUUCUGCAGAGCACGGAGCUGAACCUGGACAUCACGGGAGCCCUGACCGAGCUGAGAGCUCAACGCGGGGAGCCUCUCAUGCUCACAGACCUCGCCAACCUCAAGGCGUUUGCUGCCUUUCUGCAGAGCACGGAGCUGAAUAUGGAUGUGAUGGGCGCUCUGAACGAGCUGGAGAAGCAGAGCACGGAGCUGAAUAUGGAUGUGAUGGGAGCUCUCAACGAGCUGGAGAAGCAGGUGGGUGUGGUUGGUGGGAGCAUUCGUGCAGAGUACGGAGCUCAAUAUGACCGUAACAGCAGCUCUGCCUCCUCUCCCUUUCCCUCUGACCAUUCAUACCUGCAGAUCCGGUAUGAGUUCGACUUCCGCAGGGAGGCUGCAGCCAUGGAUACCAUCCGAGCCUCGCUGGCAGCUGCUGCUGCUGCCGCUACGAGUUCUCCCCCUGCUGUUUCUGGUGCAGCCUCCCCGGUGGUGGUGCCUGCAUCUGUCCCCGGCCUCGUGACCAAGCGCCUGCUAGUGAUGGACUUAAUCAAGGGCUCUCCAAUCGUGAAGAUGGGAGAAGAGAUGCGAGCCAAGGGAGUCAACCCUAACGGCUUCCUUGCUACCAGAGCCAAGAGGGCUGGUUACCCAGCGGCUGCUAGUGAUGGAUCGGAUCGGAUCAAGGGCUCUCCGCUUGCCAGCAUGGAGGAAGAGAUGAGAGCCAAAGGAGCCAAACGGAGUCAGCCUGCGUCUGUCCCAGGGCUGCGCCUGCUCAUCAUGGAUCGGAUCAAGGGCUCUCCGAUUGUGAAGAUGGAGGAAGAGAUGCGAGCCAAGGGCGUCAACCCCAGCAGCUACCUUGCUACCCAGGCCAAGAGUGAUGGAUCGGAUCAAGGGCUCUCCGCUUGUGAUGGCAUGGAGGAGCACAUGAGAGCCAAGGGCGUCGACCCCAACAGCUUCCUUGCCACCAGAGCCAAGGGGGUGCGAGAAACUAGUUGUUCACCCCUUUACUGCUUCGGCGAUGCGCUAGUCCAGGGCCGGUUAGAGUUGAGCGCAAUGCGCUGA